AUCUCGGCCGACGCCAUCUCGCAAGCCCGCUCUGCAGCGCAAACCUCUUCUUCCCCCGGAGCCAACGCCGUCUGCGCCGAGCACCUGCCGCCUGUACGUCCUGCAACCCUGUUCGUAAUCAAAGCCUCGCCAUCGCCAUGUCUGUCCUGAAAGGCGUCGUCCUCGUUGGUGGGCCCUCCGUGGGCACCCGCUUCCGCCCGCUGUCCAUGGACUGCCCCAAGCCUCUCUUCCCGAUUGCAGGCACCCCCAUGAUUUACCACCACGUCGCCGCGCUGGCCCAGCUGAGCGGCAUGAAGGAGAUCAUCCUCAUCGGCUUCUUUGACCAAGCUAUCUUUGAUCGGUUCUUGAUGGAGAUCCAGAUCGAGUUCCCGGGCGUUUCCAUCAGAUACCUCCGCGAAUACAGCGCCCUCGGCACCGGCGGCGGCCUCUACCACUUCCGCGACGAAAUCCUUCGCGGCGACCCGGACCAUAUCUUUGUCCUCAACGCCGAUGUCGCCUCGUCCUUCCCGCUUGCUGAAGUCCUCGCCUUCCACAAGGAAAAGAGCGCCAUUGGCACGAUCAUGGGCAUGCAUGUGCCUCGCAGCGAUGUCCACAAAUACGGAUGCGUCGUCGUGCACCCCACUACCCAGGAAGUCUCACACUUUGUAGAGAAGCCCGAGACCUUCAUCUCGGACAUUAUCUCGUGCGGCAUCUACGUCUUUGACAAGAACAUCUUCCCGGUCUUCCAGACGGCAGUUGCCCGCCGCCGCGAGCGCGAGAUCGAGGAGGGCAUUUCGUCUCGAACCCCCGACGAGCGCAUCCGUCUCGAGCAGGAUGUCCUCAACUUCCUGGCCGGCGAAGGCAAGCUCUUUGCCCACAUCAUUGACACCUCCGUCAACUUUUGGAUGCAAAUCAAGACCGGUAGCUCGCUAAUCCCCGCCAACCGCGAGUAUCUCCAGCACUUCAGACAGUCCAACCCCAAGCGCCUCUCGACGGGCCAAAAGUUCAGCCCCAGCGACGUCGCUAAGGCCCUGGCCACGGGCGUCGUCCUGCCGCAGCACCCCGAGUACAUCUCGCCCGUGUACAUUCACCCGACUGCUGUUGUCCAUCCUACGGCCAAGAUCGGCCCCAACGUCAGUAUCGGCCCGCGCGCCCUCGUCGGCCCGGGUGUGCGCAUCCGCGACUCGAUCGUCCUCGACAACACCGAGGUCAAGCACGACUCGAUCUUGGUCAACUCUGUCAUUGGCUGGGAGACCAAGAUCGGCGCCUGGGCGCGCGUGGAGGGUGCUCCCGGUGAGGCCAGCACCUACAACGCCACCUCGAAGGGCUUCAAGAUCCCGUCGGCCUGCAUCGUCGGCAAGGACGUCUUCAUUGCCGACGAGAUUGUUGUCCGAAACUGCAUUGUGCUUCCCCACAAGGAGAUCCGCAGCAGCGUCCACAACGAAAUUUUGAUGUAAUCUGCCGCGUCGCUCCGCCCAGCCCAGCGCGGCGCAUCGCAUCGCAACGCAUUGCAUCACACUGCAUUGCACUGCAUCGCGCGGCGCACCGAUGCGUCGCCGAUGACGAUAGAUCCGAUCCCCUUUGUUCUUGCUUUGUGCCUUCUUGCCAAUAUAGCCUGUUCUGAAAA